ACUAAGGGGAGUCAGUAUUCCCGAGAGUCUACCAUUCUCUACAUCUAACAGAGAAGUAGGAGGUCAUUGAGAACAGAAAACGCCUUUUCCUAAUCGGGGAAAUGUUCAUUUGCGUUUAUUUCUCUGAGUGAUACGAAAUGGACGUUGCUGAGCGUCCCGUGAUUAAUUUUGCGAUCAACGGUCCAUCAGAAGUUGUAUUAAGUGAGGAGGCUAUAGCGGCUCGUCAGAGAAAGCUACAGGAAGCAAAGAAACAUUUAGCCUCAAUCAAUGAAAAAAUCCUGGAACUCCAAGUUAUGCUAAGAAGAUUGUCCAGAAAACCUCGGUUUCAUAAGCUUCAGUACGUUCUAAAGCAUCGAGUGGCUGUCUACUCAGGUUUACGAUCUGUCUACCUUAAAUAUUGCUGUAAUUUGCAAGAAGAUUUGAAUCAGUUUCAACAAUACUAACAAUAAGAACAUUGCCAUCUCAUCCACAACUUUUAUAG